GAAGUGCCUGACGCCGCGGCCUGUGGUUGAGAGUUGCUGGAGUCGGUACCCGGCGCUCAAGGUUCGCCGGACCGCGGGCGGCGGAGCAGGUCGGGGGCAGCGGAGUUUACUUUAGGACGAGCGGCUUUGAACCUCUGCGCCCGUCUCCGCCGGCAGAUACCAUUGUGUAGUUUGAAUCAGGAAUGAAAUAUUCUGAAAGCUGAGAGCAGAAACCUUCUCGAUCAACAUGGAGGACAAAAGACGGCGAGCCCGAGUGCAGGGAGCCUGGGCUGGCCCUGCUAAGAGCCAGGCCAUUGCUCAGCCAGCUCCCACUGCUGAGAACCAUCUCCAACAGAGACCUGGCCAAACCUGGAUGAACAAGGAGCAUCGUCUGUCUGACAGACAGUUUGUGUUCAAAGAACCCCAGGAGGUGGUACGCAGAGCCCCAGAGCCACAAGUGAUCGAUAAAGAGGGUGUGUAUGAAAUCAGCCUGUCACCCACAGGCGUAUCUAGGGUGUGUUUGUAUCCUGGCUUUGUUGACUUAAAAGAAGCCGACUCAGUAUUUGCACAGCUUUGUCAGGAUGUUCCCUGGAAACAGAGGACUGGCAUCAGAGAGGAUGUAACUUACCAGCAACCAAGACUUACAGCAUGGUAUGGAGAACUUCCUUACACUUAUUCAAGAAUCACUUUGGAACCAAAUCCUCACUGGCAUCCUGUGCUGCUCAUGCUGAAGAACCAAAUUGAAGAGAACACUGGCCACACCUUCAACUCCUUGCUUUGCAAUCUUUACCGAAAUGAGAAGGACAGCGUGGACUGGCAUAGUGAUGACGAACCUUCGUUGGGGAGGUGCCCCAUCAUUGCUUCACUCAGUUUUGGUGCCACACGCAUGUUUGAGAUGAGAAAGAAGCCCCCACCAGAAGAGAAUGGGGACUACACAUAUGUGGACAGAGUGAAGUUACCCUUGGCUCACGGAACCUUGUUACUCAUGGAAGGAGCCACCCAAGCAGACUGGCAGCAUCGAGUGCCCAAGGAGUACCAUUCUAGAGAACCAAGAAUAAACUUGACCUUUCGGACAGUUUAUCCUGACCCUUGAGGGGCGCACUGGUGAUGUGAGGUCUUGGAGAGGGAAGCUGUGCUGAGACUGAGCAAACCUUCCACCAUGAAGAAACUUCCGGAGACUGGUCCAGCUGCUCUCAUGGUGUGGCUGUUUGGAAGAUGUGGAUGGGAUUUGCUUCCCAGCUUGGAGUCCUAUUAAACGACAGCCUACAGUUCAUGUUUGUAAUAUGUUUACUGUGGGAACAGUAAUCCCUAAUCAUGUUUUGAAAUCACAUAUUUUCUUUAGGCAAGUUAAAAACUGCUGUGGCUGUGUUCACAGAUGAUUUUGUCCAUAAGCAGUUAUUUUUCUGCCCUCUCCCGCUUCAUUUGAAGAAAUAUGAAUGUACUUUGCCUCCGGGGUAAAUCCACACAUGUUUGUUCCUUGUGCCUUCAGCAAAGUGGAGAUACAAACAUGAGUCAGUGACUCUGGAGCCUUGCGUAGGCAGACAGCUGCUAAAACCCAAACAGAGCUUUGUUGAAGUCUGCCUUGACUCCUGAACAUCUUGGCUUGUGUGCUAUUGUAAUGCAAAGCUGCAUAUUCUGGGAGCACUUUAUUUAACUGAGUCUCCUUGCCUGUCCAUCUUCCCAGGAUAUGCUCAGACAGGUUACAGGCCUCUGAAUAAAGAGCAGAGGUGGUAUUCUCCAGUGCAUCUCCAAGUAGCCACCUGGACUACUUGAAAUACAAGAGAAAACUGUCCCCUCAGAGGGAGGAAGAAUUGAGUGAUGUCAUGAGACAUUUCGGCUGAAGAGCAGCAAAUGCCCUGCUAGUGGCAGCUGUUCUACAUAGAUUAUUUCCCCCUGGAGAAUGACUUGAGUCAUUUAAACCCUAGCCAGAUAGGAGCGGGAGCAGUCCUACAGGGAACAGACUCAGUUACCUAAGAGUCCUGUUCACUUUAGAUUUCAGUAGCCCUAUGACUAAGGCUUUCUUCUGACUCAGUGUUUUCUUCUACACAUGUUCCCGAGAUGAAAGCCUUAGUCUCUGAUGUCACCAGGGUUCCCAAAGCAGACAGAGCGACUGCCCCUUGUUGCAUCAUAAAAGCACGUGUCUUCCUGACCCCUUGACUUAGGAGCCGCAUGCCAAUUCCGAACCAAGGCAGGGAAAACUGGAGAGAAAGAGAACGGAUUUAAAUGGAUGAAAGUAGGGCGAGAGAGUUGGAGUUUCCCUUAGCUCCCUGUGGGGAAAAUUUACCGAGCCUUCUUGCUUUUGAUCUUGUUUUCAUUCUGUGCUGUAAGAUUGAUGAUCUCCAUGAUCACAAUAAAAUGCCAAAGGCUGGGCAGGCUCUUCCCCAGAAGGCAGAUGAAUGCCAUGCCUGGCCAGGCGCUGUUCUCUGACAA